AAAAUGCUUUUAAAAAGUUUGUCAUCUAUGUGUUUAACAAUUUCAGCUGUUGCCAUGUUUUACUGUUAAUUUUAUGCCGUGGCAUUUCAGACAAAUUAGCGAUAGAAUUUAAAUGUCUGAGAAGAGAAUAUCUCCGCCGGAUUCGCCGUUUCACGGCUUUACGGCGGAUGAGGUUACAACACCUGGAAAUAGUAAGGCCGAGCAGAGCAGUCACCCUUCAUACUUAGAUUCACCCCCAGACUCACCUUUUCAUGGAUUCAACAGUUCCGACAUACCGCGACCUAUCUUUAUCAAGACGGAGGUCGUCGACGAGGACGAAAAUGAUGUUGAGGUGGUCGAGGUGGUUAGGCUGGAAGAGAUGAAGGUGAUCAAGGAGGAGAGGAUGGAUGUGGAGAAUGACGACGAUGAAGAAAUGUUUCACGGAUUUUCUACAAGUGAAAUUCCCCUCCCUAUCAUUAUAAAGGAAGAGCCCGGUGACCUAGUUGUAGAGAGAGCCCUGAAUAAUUCCCUUGACCGGGACAGAAAAUAUGGGGAGGACCCAGAGCAGGAUAACAUAGAGGUCCAGGACAAUGUUGAGGUCCAGGACAACGCUGAGGUUCAGGACAAUGUUGAGGUUCAGGACAGCGUUGAGAUCCAGGAAGAUACGGUGGUACAGGAAAGUAUGGUGGUGAAUAAGACCAUCAUAGAAGCCAAGGAAAAGCCCAUUUCUCCGGCAACGCGAGGGCAAAAGAAAAAAGUUUCGGAAUCUGAGAGUGUAUCGAGAAGUCCGAUAAAAACAAGGAGUCCUAAAAAAGAAAGUUCAGUCGGAUCCAAGUCCCCAACCAAAGUGACUUUUCAACUUCCUGAUAAAAUGGACUUAAGUGUCAAUGUAAAAAAGGACCAUCAUGUCCCUUCUACCACAUCACUAUCUCAAAAUUCGUUAGCCGGCGUUCAAGUUUCUUCUGAAGCAGUCCCAGUUUUAAUAGGAGAUGUCCAAAUCUCACCGGAGGAGGUUCAUGUUUCCUCUGUCGGAGGAGUCCAAGUAUUUGAACAGGAAGUCCACGUGUCUAUCCCUGAGUCCCAAGUCCAGGAGACGAGUAUACUUCCUGACCAGCUGAGUCUGGCAUACGAGGAGUGUAUUGAGGAGACGAUCACAACCUCCCAGGAGUCUCACAUUGAAUCCUCUGGCAUAGGACGAACCAAUAUCAUCGUGAGAAAUGAGACGGGGUUUUCUGAGGAGAAGAUGUUGAAGAAUGUUCUAGUUCUUCAGGGUGUAGGGGAAGGGGAGGUGGAUGAGGCGGGGAUGCAGACCUCAACUAUUCAUAUACAGGAAGAGGAGGAGGAUGAGGAUGGUGAACCCAUCCUUGUGAUGGUAGAUUCGGAGAACCAGAACUCUAAUCUUCACAGCGGGAACCUUGUCUUCACGAACCAACAGGUUGUAACAAGAAGAUCUCCAAUGAAAGAAAGCAAACGGGAAGAUUUUGAACGAAUCACAAUUAUUCAAACUGAUAAUGACGCGCAGACUGUUAAAGCAAUUAACACUGAAGAGAUAAAUACAACUGACAGGCUACCGAGAAAUAUUCAGAUCAUAGAACAACAUGGCAUUGGAACAGAGAUGCUGUUAGUGGACAAGGAUUCUGAUACUGAUUCUGAUAUGGAGGACAGAGAGUUUACUGUUAUAGUUGAUGAAGAACCAAGUGAUGAAGAGAUGGACGGGAUGGACGAGGACGAGAUGGUCCUGGACCGGAUCCCCCUGGCUGGGAAGAACACCUUCGAGGGGGAGACGAUCGAGGAUUUACUGGCACAGUUCGAGACAGAAUCAAAGAGUAGAGCUGUCUCCUGUCCUAACUGCAAGAAAUGUUUUGUAUCAACACAUUUCCUUAAUGUCCAUGUUUCAAACAGAAGUACACUCUGUGAACUCUGUAAUACUCAAUGCUGUACUUCUACAAACCUCAGGAAUCACAAGAACCUAGAUUGUGAUUUAUCAAAAAGAAAACGAAAUAUUGAUCUUAUUGCCCAGGAAACCGCAUUGUUAGGACGUAAACCAAUUGAAGCUGAGAAGUAUUAUAAUAUGCCCCUGGACUCAAGUGAUGAGGAACCUGAUAUUUCUCCCAGGAAACCUGUCAGAUCUGUGAAUGACCAGAAGUAUGAGUGUGGAAUGUGUGGACAAUAUGUAAAAAUAUUAAAUAGUCACAUGAAAUAUGUUCAUGGUAUAGAGAACACUGGACUCUCAACCAAAUACAAGUGUACUGAAUGCGGUGUACUUGUCACAAAUCUAAGUAAACAUAAAGAAUACAGGCAUAAUCCUUCGAACAGAGUAGUGGCACCAGAUACAGACCUAGAGGUUGUAAGAUGUAAGCAGCCGACAUGCGACAUGUUCUUUAAUAAUUCUGAUGAGUUGAUAGAACAUCAGAAAAGAGAACAUUCUGACCAGGUUAGACUAGCGUGUGGUAUGGGAGGAUGUAACUCUGUAUUUGAUAGCAGAGGAGCCCUCAGAAAACACAGAUCUGAGGCCCAUCCUGAGCUCGAAGAGUUUAAACCUGUAGACUUGGAACCAGACGACCCAGACAGAGACGUAGACCUCACGGUUGCCUGUCCUGUCUGUGAACGGAAGUUUAAACACAAAAAUACAUGUACUGUACAUAUAAAGGUCCACCAUCUGGGUUGGUCUAAAAGAAAGAUGUUUGAGUGUCCAGAUUGUAUGAAAGGAUUUGAAAAUAAAAAGAAUCUAGAUCUUCACAGAGAAGCGAUUCAUCUUGGAAUUCGAACUAUUUGUCCUCUAUGUGAUAAACCAGUCACAAGAUUAGACCUGCAUGUUCGCAUGGUUCACACUGAGCUGCCUGAAUGGCCUUGUCCGGACUGUAGAAAGAAGUUUAAGCGCAAGUUUGAUCUCAACCGACAUCGUGUCACCGUCCAUCUUGGAGUGCGCAACUUUCCCUGCGAUUUAUGCGGGAAACGGUUUGCGGACAUGAAGGAUAUGACGCGGCAUAAAAACGCAGUUCACUACGGGAUGAAGAUCAAAUGGAACUCGAAGAAGCACAAGGAGGAGAGGAAGAAGAAGAGGGAGCUGAUGGUAAAAAAGUAUAAGAUGGGGGGAGGGAUUCAACGGGAUCAACAGGAGAGAUUGAAGAAUGUAAACUUUCCAGUCGAGUUUAUAGAUACAGGAGCAGGAGGGCGUAUUUCAGAAGAGGACGCGUCUAUAGAUGCCUCAUCAGUCAUACUUGAUCCGGUUCUUCAGUCCCAGCUAGGAACUGUUCAGUUAAUCCAAGCAGAUACGGACAACUCAGGCAGCCUUAGGUUUGUAGUGCUCCAAGAGGAGAUGGAUGACAACGGUAUAGAGAUAGAAGAAGAGGAAGAAGAGGAGGAGGAGGGGGAAGAAACUCAUCAUAUCAUUCUUGAACCUGAAGAUUAGAAAACUAAUUAAACCUGAAAAUUAGAAUCUAAUCGAAUCUAAAGAUUAGAUAAAACAAGCGAACUUGAAAAUUAGAAAAAUUAUGCCAUUUUCACUCAGGCCACUGAAAACCCAACUUAAAUCUUAAGUGUACUGUGGGGCAUUUCGGUGAUGCUCCGACUACAUCCGAUGUCGUAGUUAGUGUUAUUUGUCUAAAAAGAAGACUGAUUGUUUUUUAAAAAGAUAUUUUUUUUUGUUGUUUCACAAUUAAGUUCGUUUUUAAAAAAAAGUCUCCAAUUACAUCCGAUGUCUCAGUAAUUGUUUUUGAUCCAAAAAGAUUGUCCAUAUUUUAAAAAUCUUAUCUCACAAUACAGAUUUUAUUUUUAAAAUGACAAAUUCUAUUAAAGUCCUCGAGGGUAUUGUAAUAUAUUAAAAAUAUUGUUUAUAGAAAAAACUAUUAGUAUUGUGCGCAAUUCAAAAUUAUAAAAAAAAAAUUUUGAAAAAGUGAUUAUUUUAAUAUUUGUCCUAUUUUCCUUUUGUAUUGUUCUUGUUGGCAUUUUACAUUUAUUUCAGUUUUAAAAACAGAUGAAAAUCAAUAAUAUAUUAAGUUCUUAUGUAAAUACUUCUUUUCGAAUCGGAAUACAUAUUUUUCAAUU